AUGGUGGUCCACGCGGUCCUGCAUGAUCUGGUUCCUUCAAUCAUGAGCAACUUACUGAAUCCAGACGCCAUUUUCUCAAACAAUGAGAUGAGCCUGUCAGAUAUUGAGAUCUACGGCUUCGAUUAUGAUUACACUUUGGUGUUUUACUCAAAGCACCUCCACACGCUGAUAUUUAAUGCGGCCCGGGACCUCCUCAUCAACGAGCACAGGUACCCCGCGGAAAUCAAGAAGUAUGAGUAUGACCCCAGUUUUGCGAUUCGCGGACUUCACUAUGACGUGCAGCGGGCUGUCUUGAUGAAGAUCGACGCUUUUCAUUACAUCCAGUUGGGAACUGUCUACAGAGGUCUCAGUGUUGUCCCUGAUGAAGAAGUCAUUGACAUGUAUGAGGGGUCCCACGUGCCCUUGGAACAGAUGAGUGACUUUUAUGGAAAGAGUUCUCAUGGAAACACCAUGAAGCAGUUCAUGGACAUCUUCUCCCUGCCAGAGAUGACCCUCCUGUCCUGCGUGAACGAGUACUUUCUGAAAAACAACAUCGACUACGAGCCUGUCCAUCUCUACAAAGAUGUCAAGGACUCCAUUCGUGACGUUCACAUCAAAGGGAUCAUGUACAGAGCCAUCGAAGCAGACAUCGAAAAGUACAUCUGCUACGCCGAGCAGACGCGCGCGGUGCUGGCCAAGCUGGCGGACCACGGCAAGAAGAUGUUCCUCAUCACCAACAGCCCCAGCAGCUUUGUGGACAAAGGGAUGAGGUACAUUGUCGGCAAAGACUGGAGGGACCUCUUUGACGUGGUCAUCGUGCAGGCUGAGAAGCCAAACUUCUUUAAUGAUAAGCGGAGACCUUUCCGAAAGGUGAACGAGAAAGGCGUGCUGCUCUGGGAUAAGAUCCACAAGCUGCAGAAAGGCCAGAUUUACAAGCAGGGCAAUUUGUAUGAAUUUUUGAAGCUUACCGGAUGGAGAGGAUCCAGAGUCCUGUAUUUCGGUGACCAUAUAUACAGUGACCUGGCGGACCUGACCCUGAAGCAUGGCUGGAGGACGGGCGCCAUCAUUCCAGAGCUAAGAUCCGAGCUCAAGAUCAUGAACACGGAGCAGUUUGUCCAGACCAUGACCUGGCUGCAGACCCUGACGGGCCUCUUGGAGCAGAUGCAGGUUCACCGGGAUGAGGAGUCCCAGCUGGUACUGCAGGAGUGGAAACGAGAGAGGAAGGAGAUAAGAGAAAUGACCAAAGGUUUCUUCAAUGCCCAGUUUGGGAGCUUGUUCCGGACAGACCAGAACCCGACCUACUUCCUGAGGCGCCUGUCACGCUUCGCGGACAUCUACAUGGCCUCGCUCAGCUGCCUCCUGAAUUACGACGUCAGCCACACCUUCUACCCCCGGCGGACUCCGCUGCAGCAUGAACUCCCCUCCUGGUCGGACCAGCCCUCCGCCUUCAGGGUGCCCCUCCUGCAGGAGGCCCAGGCCAAGUAACCGCGCCCCCACCCUUGAGAACAGCCCAGAGUGACGUUGGCCCCCGGUUGGGGUGGACGUGACCGAGGGGGUGACUUGGGGUGGGUGUGAGUGCUGACGAGAGCACGUAGGCCUUUCGUGGCGGAUGCUGUACUUUCUGGAGAAUACUCCCUGGGUUGCUGGGCAGGAGCCAGCUCCUCCGUCCGUGUGUCCCGCCCCUUCCUCUACACGCCCCGUGACAGUGGGGCCAGAGGGCAAGCUUCGUCUCAAAACUCUGGGUGGCUCACCCUUCUGGUUUAUGAAGGUGCCACAACUUAUGUCUGCUUCUCUGCGAUGGGCGAGCCAUCUGAGGCCUCUCCCACUCGGGCAGGGCGGUGGGCAAAGACAAGCUGCAGGCAGGAAGCGGAGGAUGCUGGGAUCCCUGCAGCAGCAGCAGCGUCCUGCUGCUCUUCAUAAGGCUUCCAGUGGCUAAGCCCUCAGAAGUGGGCUGCCUUGCCCUCCUUGCUAGUCUCUCUUAGUCUGGAAGCUCUGCUGAAACCUUCCACCAGGAGUGACCCUGCUGGUGUUUGAAACGCUGGUGACGGAACUUUCAGCAUCCCGGCCACACACAAGCCACCACAUCCCGAGGACUAACAGCAGAGUCGUGGAGCAAACGUGGCCACGGCUGAGCACGGGCAGCGCUUUGUUCUCUCGUAGACAGGCUCGCUGGGAGUUGGGGCUGACCGGGGGCACCUAACGGCAGUACCAUGCCGUUGUAGGAAGUCACAAAGAGGAUCGCAUCCCCAAAUCAUUAGCUUCCAUGUCCACCCUGCCUCCUUGGGAGGACUUAGGAGAAGGAGCCAGAAACGUUACAACUCCUUUAGCCUCUUGUCCUGGCUGGUCUGCUUCCUGUGGCCUUCCCCAGCAUGGGUGGGACCACUGUCCUGCCUGACCCCGGGGGCGGAGGGUGAGACCACUUUCUGGGUAGCAGGGCUGAUUUUCCCCCAAGGGGAAGGAACCAGCAGGACCAGAGGAACCUAAAUGUGGGGACGGUCUCCCAGGAGUGUGCUUAUCCUGAAGUGGGGAGACCCAGCGUGAGUGCAAUGUCCUAGGGAAGGGCCACGAGCCCCAGCCUCUGCAGACUGGCCUUGUGUUGAGAUGGAUGCCCUGCCAGUGCUCGGUUUCCUGGUGGAGCACAGAGAGGCAGACUCCUGAGGACGUGGCCAAGGAGUAGAGGUGCUGAUAU